AUGGAACAGUUAUCUCCGCAGUUACCACAGUACUCAAGGUCAGAGAAAGAAAUCUCACCUGUACCUGCUAGUCCUAGUCAUGGUCUGUAUACCCAUCAUGAUAGUGGCAUUAAUACACCAAUUAGGAAUAAUAGUAGCAACAGUGGUUAUUUUUCUCCUGUUGUCGAUAACUCAAUUUCCCAGAAGAUUUUGAAGGAUGGACUAACUCCAACACAUUCAAUAGAGCAAUCUCCAAUAAAGGUUCCAAGACCAAUACAUGAUUUGAAGAGUCCAUCUAUUGCAUCUGAAUCACGUCCAUCAAAUUACCUUGAAUUUGUUAAUAAUAAAGGUGAUGAUGAUGGUGAUAAAAAUAAUAGCAUACCUGUUUAUAAUUAUAAACAUAGAAGACCUUCUUCUUCUGUCUCAACUGGAUCCCUUCACCAAGGUAAUGGAAUGAAGUUAUAUAUGGAUGGUACAAAUUCACCUUCUAAGGUUCUAAGAUCAAACACUAUUGGAUCAGCAACUAAUGUUAAAGGUCAGAUGAAUAAUAUCUCUAGAAUAAAAUCGAACGGUUACUCUAAAGGCUCUGUGGGUUCAACAGCAGAUAUCCAUAAACUAAAAUCACAUAGCUCAAUGAAUUUAAAACAAAACCCACAUGGGAUUUAUCAAUAUAACGGAACUAGUGCGGUGAGUAACAAACAUCUUAAUACUUUACAACAAGUAAAUUCAACAUCUAACAGAUCAAGUUCUUCUCAGAUUAGUAUGAAUGGAAAAAUACUUGAUAAUAACAAUAGUAAUACUAAAUUAACUGGAAUUAUUACCAACCCAAAUAUCGAAAAGAUAGCAUCCCAUGAACUUGUUGCAAAGAAUGGUAAUUUAGCAAGUAAUUCUCCAACUGUUAUGAACAAUGAAACUAAAAGGCAAUCUUCAUGGAAUGAGAAGCUCUAUUUAGAAAAAAUCAGGAAAUAUGUACCUCAUGAUUAUUAUACUCGUGGGAUUGUUGCCUCUACUUUAAAAGAUGAUGAUGUUGAUUUAGACUUAGAGAUAGAUGACAUGAUUGGUAAUUCAAUCAGCAAUGAGGAUGAUGAUGUCGAUUUCGGUUCAAAUUUUUUUACUGAAAAUAUAGAUUCUAAUUCAAUCAGUAUGAGUUCAAGAUAUUUAUUGCAUAGAUUAGAGUGGCUAAAACUUGCAGAUCCCGAAAAUGAGAUUGUUAAAGAAGUUUUUAAAAAUAUUGGAAUUAAAUCGGAGUUUGACAAAGAUAUUUUGGUUUCUAGCUUUGCAAAGUUGUCAUAUGAUAAUCAAAAUUUAUUGUCGAGACUAUCUGAGCAUCCUUUAGUCAUUGAAAGAUUUGAAUGGCAAACUAUGCUUUCUAACGUCUUGAAAGGUGAUAUUGUUAAAAGUGAAAAAUCAAAAUUAGCUACCCAUGCCAGACCUGCCGGCAUUGGUAAACAAUUAAAUAUUUCUAUCUGGUUAGAACUGAAAGCGUGGAUGAACGGGAAAUCAGUUGAAGAUCAGACGAAGUCUCUCACUGCUCUCAGGGAUUCGACAGAUGCAUUUUUCAAUGAAAUUGUGACAUUUAAAUUGCCCGAAAACUCCAACGCGGAAGACUGUGAAAUGAUUUUGACACCACUGAUAAAUAAAUACUUCAAGGUUGUAAAGUAUUGGUGUAACUUACAGCAAAUGUACGAGCAUAAACCAAUUACAAAGACACCAGAAUUUGUAAACAGGAUUGAUACUAUUGUUAGUUGGUUAAAUUUCAAGGCAAAUUUUGAAACUCAUAUUAAUUUAUUAAAAGAAUGGGUUGGUAAUAGUGAAUUGGAUAUAACCAAGGUUAACAAACCUUCUAUUAGUAUUGAAGGUGUUUAUGAAAAUGCAAGGUCCUUUGCCGAACAGAUAAUGAAAGAGAAGAACGUAGAACAGAUUUUCCAAAGAAAGAUAUUUCACCCACUAGCACCUUGGAUCUUAAAGGCAAAGUCAUCUAUUCAAUAUUAUUCGCCUGUUGUAGAUGAUUUGAAUUUAGUUUAUUUGAACGAUGAAUUAGAGCUUCUCUUAAUGUUCCCAGUGAUCCUAAUUAAGGAAAUUAUAUUAAUAAGAUUAGAAUAUGCUAAGAAACUUGAAAAUCCUACAAUGAUGAUGAUCGAUGAAAUGAUCGAUGACUUUAGCUCAUACAUUAGAUUGGCAGUUCAAAUGAAAUAUACUGUAAAUGAAUAUUGCGCGGAUUGGCAAUUUGAAGUAAAUAUGGAUUCCCAAUUUGAUGAGACUGUAGUGAAGGCGAUUUCAUAUUUAUUUUCCUUAAUAAAUUUAAAAUUAUUAGAUUCUGGUAAAGUAUCCUUAAAAUCAUUGAAAGAAGCAGAUGAAUUAUUUGAUUUUUGGGAAAAAUUAAGAAACGUUGGGCAUUAUAUUGACAAAGCUGGUAAAUUAAUUGCCAAAGAAUUUAAUAAAUUAUCUCUGAGGAUAUUGCAUAGAUUACAUAUGUAUAUGUUACAAGAUACAAAUAUUCCAGAAACUAUCACAGAUGGUGCUGACGCAGAAAAAUGGCUCCUGCAAUUAUUUGAAAAUAUUGGUACAAGAAAAAGAAAAUUAAAUAGAUUUACAAAUGUGUUAGUAAAAGCAUUUCAAAAUUCUAUGAAUUUUAAAAUUAACGAUCAUGAUUUAUUAUUAAAGCAGUUACAUGAAACAGGACAUUUUUUAAUUUAUACUGGAAGCAAGUUAGAACAAAAAGGUUAUUAUUUAAUAGGUAGUCCAGAGUUGUUGGACUCCAAUGAAAAUGAAAUAUUGACUAUAUUGAAUAAACCUGAUAUAUGCUGUGACCUAAUCCCAAAGAUUGAGAUAAAAAAUAGCUUAGCAAUGUAUAAUUCGACCAAGUCCUCUUCAGAUACUUAUUUAACUAGAACACCCGACUUUGGGCCAGAGCAUUUCAACUUCUAUGAAGACACAGUGAAAAAGCUGCAAAGAGUUCCAUCCGAUACGUUUGAAGAACACGAUCCAAAAACUGAGUUACUCGAAAUUGAAGCUAAACUACAAUCAUUAGGUUAUGUUUUGGUAUUGGCACCAAAAGAACCAGUUUUAUGGGAAGGUGAAAUCUAUACCUUAUCUGAAAAUAUAAAAACUAAAUUUGAUAACUUAAACAUAAAGGCGUCACCUGAUCACUUUACUUUGGUAAGCCAAGGUUCAAGCCAUUCCUUGGAGUAUUCAUCAGAGAAAUUACUACAAGUAGCAGGUAAUUGUGUCACUUUUGUAGAACGUAAAUCCUCAUAUUCAUCAGUUGAAGAUGGUUUACAAAGAAUUAAUAAGGCAUAUUUCAGGAUAACUUAUACGGCAAUUAGUAAUUUUCCAAAGAUCUUAAACACCUUCUAUAAGUUUUGCCCAGAUAAUGAAUUGUUAAACAGUAUUUUCCUAUUUACGAGAGAUUUUGGUAGAAGUUUUUUGAGAGUCAAUGUUGCUACAUACUCUAAAAAAUCUGUUAUUAUUAUGUUACUCAUGAAAGCAAGUACUACUUGGUUGACGUUUUUGGUAGAAAGAUGCGAUCCAACUGAUAUAAAAACUUUCCGUUGGUGUGUCCCUGCAAUGGAAUUUGCCAUGCGUUUAACUUGUGGGUGGAACAUUUUAGGCCUUGAUGAAAAACAAUUUACCACCUUAAAGCAACGUAUAUCCACUUGUAUGACUCUGUUAAUCUCCCAUUUUGAUGUAAUGGGAGCACGAGCAUUAGAAGCUGAACGAGCAAAUCAACAAUUUAGGCCACAAAUUGAUAUUGAAGAAGAUGUUAAUGAUGAUGAAAUUCUGAUGGUCAAUUCGCAAUUACGUGUUAAGGCAAUAGAAGAAUUAGAAAAUACGAUGACUCAUAACCCACGUCAAAUUGGUAAAGUUCUUGAUGAUACAGAUAGCGGUAAUAAAUAUUUAUUGUCACUUGCAUCCUCGAUGUCCAAUGUAUCAAUUAAGUGGCAAAAGAGACAAUUCGUUGGUUCUGGUACUUUUGGUACUGUUUUCUCGGCGGUGAAUUUAGGUAAUGGUGAAAUCUUAGCAGUUAAGGAAAUAAAAAUACAAGAUGCCAAGGCAAUGAAAAAGGUAUUCCCACUAAUUAAAGAUGAAAUGUCUGUUCUUGAAAUGUUAAACCAUCCAAAUAUCGUUCAGUAUUAUGGUAUUGAAGUGCAUAGAGAUAAAGUCAAUCUAUUCAUGGAAUUCUGUGAAGGUGGCUCCCUAGCUGGUCUAUUGGAGCACGGACGUAUUGAGGAUGAGAUGGUCACACAAAUGUAUUCCUUAGAAUUGCUGGAAGGUUUAGUUUAUUUACAUCAAUCGGGUAUUGUUCACCGUGAUAUCAAACCUGAGAAUAUUUUACUAGAUUUUAAUGGUAUUAUUAAGUUUGUUGAUUUUGGUGCCGCCAGGAAAAUUGCUGAGAACAAUACUAAAGUUGAGGGACAGAAUGACUCCAUCUCCGAUAAUGAGGGAACUAUCGAAGAUGCAACUAGUUCCAAGGGUGUUCACAAUAUAGUUGGUACGCCAAUGUAUAUGGCACCGGAGACAAUCACAGGCUCGGCGGUGAAAGGUCAAUUCGGUGCAGAUGAUGUCUGGUCCCUUGGUUGUGUCAUUCUAGAGAUGAUUACCGGUAAGAGACCUUGGGCGCACCUGGACAACGAGUGGGCCAUCAUGUAUCAUGUCGCAGCCGGUCACAUUCCACCAUUUCCAAACAAGAACGAACUUUCCAAAGCAGGUUUUACCUUCCUAAAGAGAGCCAUUGUCCAAAAGCCUGACAAAAGAGCCACCGCAGUUGAACUACUGACACAUCCUUGGAUAGUCGAGAUAAGAGAGUUGGCUUUCGGAAGUGCAGAUUCCGAACAAUCUGCAGACGUAAGCAAUGAAGAUGUCAAUGUCUCAAAGGUUGCGGAAUAA